GCGCACCAAGUCGCCUGCCGCUCCACUCCAAAAAGCCGAGACUUUCGGAGGCCCACACAUACAUACAGUGGUGUUACGAUAUAUUACCCAACAACAGGCGGCGACCAUGAAUCUGCGGUAUAUCUGCACUGUGGCUCUCGUGCCAACGCUCUGCGUGCUGCUGGUGCUUCUGCUGGAAUUCGUGGAGGAGGGUCUGGCCCAGAAUUCCGACCCCCUUUUCGAGCUUCCCGUCCAGCUGGUCGGCUUCCCCGUAAUCGUGCUAUCCGUCCGCCUGUCCCAGUUCGCCAAGAAGUUGGCCUACUCCCUCAGUCCCAGUACAUAUAGAUCUCGCACCAGAAGGGAUACCGCUCAUCCUCUGGCUCUUGAUGCCGAACUGGCCCAGAAACAGAUCCUGGGUGAGUUCGGACCCCAUGCCUGCAUCCUGGAGGAGCCGUGCCGUGUCCACGCCUCUAAAUAUUCAGGCAGUUCUGAUGGCCGAUUCCCUGACGGAAAAGCAAAGCCACAUGCUGCCUGGUCGGAAGUGUUGAGGAACUACAAAGUGCAAUCGGGCGUCAGUGGGAUGAAGCAAUGGUACCUGCUGUCCCUGUUCAUCGGCGAUGCUGUGCGGGAUGUGCCGCUGUGCAAGCACCUGGCCAAAAGGAUGCCCUGUCCAGGAGUCGGACCUCUGCCGGCGCCGCAACCACGGUGAAGAUCUGGUCGGACCCGCCUCCUCAGGGGCAUUUCGUAUCGAGGAGGGAGGAUGGGCAUCCGGAUGGAGUCCCCUUAGUCAGUCGCAUCGGACAUCUUUGUUAAUCAUCCAUCUCUCGGCACUCACAUCCAGCUGCCAUGUGCGGUCCUUGUACACCCCAUCAUUUCGUUGUACUUUUAGUUGAUUUUAAGGGUUUUAAUUUAAACGAACGACCGCCAACAGACGUAGGCGCUUAGAUUUAUGAGUAAGCAAAUAAAUAAACAAACCAGUUGGAAAAAAUCAA